AUGGUGCUAUUGAAUCUUGCUUUGGAUGCCUUGAAUGAGCUUUUUAGGCUCUACGAAAAUGAUAAACCUCUUUGGGUUAGCAGUUUGGAUGGAGCCACAAGGGAAUCAGGUACAGUGGCUGACACCAGUUUGGCAUUGGUGAAUACACUGUUGGAUAAGAGGCAGUGGGUAGAGAUGUUUCCAUGCGUUGUUGAAAAAACAUAUACUACUGAUGUGAUUUCCACUGGCAUAGGUGGAAAUAAGAGCGGUUCUCUGUUAUUGAUUAAAACCGAAUUGCAAAUCAUUUCUGACCUAGUUUAUGUUCGCGAAGUACAAUUUCUUCGCUUCUGUAAGAAAUAUGUUGAAGGUGUCUGGGCUAUCAUUGAUGUGUCUGGUGACACAAUUCAAGAAGGUUCACAAGAGAGCGAAAUUGAAAAUUGUUGGAGGUUCCUAUCUGGCUGUAUUUUACAAGAUAUGCCAAAUAGUUAUUGCCAGGUUACUUGGAUUGAGCACAUGGAAUAUAAUGAAAAUCUUGUCCACGAUUGGUAUCGCCCUUUGAUAAAGACUGGUCUGGGAUUUGGUGCUCAUAGGUGGAUGGUUACAUUGCAAAGACAAUAUCAGUUCUUGAAAGUGAUGAAGUCAAUUGUUGAUCCCAUAGGUAAUCAUACAUAG